UAGUGAUGGCCCUGUAAUUGUGUUCUGAUACAAUAAAUGUUUAGAGCUUUACUUUCUGUUUUUUAUCAUAAGAAUGUCCAUCAUAAUGUAGUGGGAGAGCAAACUGGGAACUGAACGACCUCGAUUUGCUCCUAUCGUACCGAGCCCGUACAAGAUGGGAGAAGAGGAAGAAUUUGACCCGGUCAGCGCUGGUUACCCCAAAACAAAGAAAGAGAUGUGUCAGAGAGAGGGAGAGGGGGCAAAGGAGGAGAGGAAAACAAGGUUCAGAUGCUUCCAAGGCGGGACAGAAUUCUUCGAUGACCACCCGAGUGAACUGGGUUCUGCAUGUCCUAUCAUCACAGACUCAUUCCUUCCCCCGGACACACUGCACGGCUGCUCCCACCAGUCCUUUGACAGUGUUGACUUUGAUGUGGAGCUCACAGCUGAAGUCAGUGUAGAAGACGGGUCAUCGAUCACUCUCCUGUCCUCUGUUUUUCCUAGUGUCCGUAACAGGAAGUCAGGCACUUUCUCUCAUCAGCUGCCCUCAGCAUUGACAUGGCCCUCCUCCUCAUGGAAAACUAAACUGAAGGAACAACUAUUAGACAGUUGCUUGUCUGCUGCCUCUCUACCAUUCUGGCCCUAUGACAUUUGUACAAUCCCAGUUAUGAGGAGGAGCACAACUACCACUACCCCACCUGGUGUAGCAGAGAUGCCCAAAACCCCCCUUCAUUCUGCCCCGUCUGCAUCUCUGUCCUCCCCCUCAUCGCCUUCAUCCUCUUCCUCAUCCUCUCCUCUGGGGGGAGCAGCAACCAAUUACCAUCACGACAGCAGCGGUUGCAAUGGGGGUGGCAUGGUGACGGAUGCAGCCGGAGACAGUGUGUCCUCCACCUCCGCUGCCCUACCUCCAUCUUCUCUCCCUCUCCCUCUGUCUGCCAAUCUCUCUGUCCACCUCUCCUCUGCAUCCCCCUCUAUAAACUCUGAAAGGGAGUGGGAGAACAUCGAGACUUAUGACCCGUUCCUCCCGAUGGAGGGAGAGGGAGGGGCAGCCAUGGAGGAGGAUGAGGAAGAAGGGGAUGAAGAGGAAGAGGGGGAGAAAUAUGACCCGUUUGACCCCACUGGCUCCCCAGCCUCAGAGCAAGACAGGGGGCGUGGAGUGGAGAGCGAGAGAGAGAGCAGCGCGGACAGUGUGGAGGAUGAGAUCGGGAACAUGGGAGGGAUGGAGGUGGAAGAAGCAGCUCGCUGUGAGGGGAAGGAUGCGCCUCCUCCUGACUCCACUGACCCACUCAUUUCCAUACACACACCCUCUCCACCUCCCCAACACAGGGAGGAGAAUGAGCAGGAGAGAGCAGGCAGAGGGAGGGAGGGGAAAGAGGUAGAUUCAGACAACUCUGAAAUUGAGGAAGGUGAAAUUGUGGUAGUGGGUGAGAAGGAGAGGGGGAAAGAGAGGGAAAGAAAGAGCGAGAGAGAUGGGAAAGGAGCGUGCACCUCGGGCGGUCCCUUCCUGCUCUCUGGGCCCGAACCAGAGAGAAUCCUCCGCGUUCUGGACGGAGACCAGUUUGUGUCUGUGAGAGCCGAAAGUGAGUGGACUAUGGGAGGAGAGGAGGUGGGAGGGGGCGUGGCAGACGCGGGGGACUUGCGGAGAAAGCUGGUCAGCAGAAGAAGGGAGAGGUACAGAUCCUGCCCCUCCUCUUCCCUCUCUCCUCCUCCUACUCCCCACUCCCACCUCCCGUCCCUCGCCGUCCUGUCAGACAAAUACAAAUCAAAGGAGCACAGAUCAAAGGAGAGGGAGAAACACAAGCGGGAACAGGGCCGAGAAGAGGAGAAGGCAGAGAGGAAGAGGAGGAAGGAAGGCGGAAGUCAGGAGAGGAAGAACAGUGAUAAAGAAAGGGAACGAAAGAGCAGACGGGAAGAGAAAGGCAACGAGACCGUGAGGGGGAGGAGCAGCAGGAGUGACAGCAGCAAGAGGAGGUGCAGACACAGCACGCCCAAGCUCUACUCUCACUCCCGCUCCCGUACCUCCUCUCUUCAUCGGAGGCACAGGCGGCGCUCCUGGUCUAGCUCCUCCGAGGGCCAGCGCAGAGACAGGGACGGGGAGAAGGAGAAGGACAGGGGGAGAGGUGACAGGGAAAGAGAGAGGGAGGGAGACUCCAACAGACGGAAAAGAGAGAAGGGAGGGGUAAAUGGAGACUCAGGCAGCAGGGAAAGGGAGGGCAGCGGAGGGAAGAGGGUGAGAAGGAGUCGAGAGAGGUUGGAAAAGGACAAGGAGAGGAGGAGAGACAGCCGGACUGUCAUACCCCCGUCCAUCCAAGACCUCAAUGGCUCAGACUUGUUCACCAUCAAACGCACCAUAACAGUAACUACUACUACCACAACCACCACCACAGUUCCCGGGUCACCUCCAUUGCCCAUGGCAGCCUCCAGCUCCUCCCCUCUGACAUCUGAGAAGCCUCGCAAGAACAAACGAAACAGGAAAAGAGGACCGGAAGAAAAGGAGAAUGACAAGGAGGAUGAACAAACGAGCCGGUCUCCGGAGUCAUCUUUCUCACAGUCAAGAUUGCACUCGUAUGACUCUGACCAGCUUUCUGAAAAACUGGGGCUGGAGGUGUUGUCCCUGGAUGGCGAGGCCUUGGACUCGGACUACCCCUCCCUGGAGGAUUCGCCCCUUAUUUUACCCCUCACACCUCCUCAGCCAAGUCCCAAGCACAAAUUAAAAUCCAAAACUGGGAAGCAAGUCAAAACAAAAUCCCAGCUCAGUAAGAAAUCCAGUACGUCAGAGUCCUCUCUCAGACCCAAAUCCAGGAAGAGGCAUCCCCCCUCCUCUCCUCCUCCCGCUGUCUCCAGCCCUCCUCCCUUUCCCGCUCCCUUGCCUUCCAAGCGGGGUCGGAAAACGGGGAAGGAGAGAGAGAAAGGAGCAAAGAAGGAAGGAGGGUGGUCAGGCAAGUCAAAUAAACUGAGCCGCGGCAGCAGGAAGGCGAAGCUGCAGUCCAAAGUGUCGGUGCUGGUGAGGGAGGGGUUCAGCAGCACCACAGGGGCAGCCAUCACUGGGGGCAGUAAAGACCUGCCGAGACAAAGUGGGGGCAGUGGUGGGGCAGCUGUGGGGGGGUCCAUAGCGGUGGUGUUCCGAAGAGACAACGAAAGCAGAUCCCCUUUCCUUAAACCUCACUCUGAACCCAUCUCAGUUUCGGAGAGAGGCAAGGACUUGAGCAAAAUUCGAAGGAGAGGUACCCUUGCCCCUUCCCCCUCUGCCUCUGCUCAACUCCCCAAAUCCAGAAGGGCCAAACCUGGCUCUACCACCUCGACCACCUCCUCUUCUGCCUCCUCCUCCUCCUCUGCUCUCUCUAUAGCUAAACAAAGGCGAAAGCAGGGAAAGAAGGGGAGAGAGUGCAGGGAAAAAGGACGACAGGAAGAGGAAGUGGAGGGGGGGAACACAAACUGUAGUUCAGGAGCUGGAAACUGGGGUGUGACCAUACUGGACAUCCAGUCUGGAAGUGCAAUCAGUGACAAACCAUCUAGUCCUCCCCCAAGGCUUCCUGCCUCUACCCCUUCCUCCUCUUCCACAAGCAUCGCCCCACCCUCCUCUUCACCCCCCCACACACCCCCGCUCUCGCUGCCCCCCUCCCAUGACGCCGGAGAUUCCACUCCAGACUCCCAGACUGUUGACAGCAGCUGUAAGUCCCCUGAGGCUUCCUUCCUGUCUGAAGACUGCACGACCCAAACUCAGACAGGCCCCCUUGCACCCUCCUCAGAUGCUCCCUCCAGCCCCUCGCCUCUCCAACCCCACCAGGGGGCAGCAGUGGGUGUCUCGCAGUCUAUUCCUGGCGUCAAAAUCCCCCCAGACGAACAGACAGCCCACACGUCCCCUCCUUCCCCCUCUACUCUAGUGCCUGCCUCCCUCUCUCUGCCCCUUCCUGCCGCCGCCACGGAUGCCUCCUCCUCCUCCGUCUCGUCAUCCUCCAACAGCAAGCCUCUUCCUCCAGCCCCGCCUCCGCCUGCAGCUCCGCCCCUCCCCUGGAGUCUGCAGACGGGAGUGGACUGCACAGCUGGAGGUGUGCUGGCCUUGACAGCACUCCUGUUUAAGAUGGAGGAGGCGAACACUGCGGGUCGAGCCAAAGCCCAGGAGUUCAUUCAGGCCACCAGCCAGAUUCUCUCACAAGCCAACCAGAGUCAGCCCCAACAGAACCCUCCUUCCUCCUCCUCUUCAUCUUCCUCUUCUUCCUCCCAGGCCCUUCCCCUACCAUCUCUUGCCGCCUCCCCUGCACAGUUCAACCUCCACAGCUCCCUCCCGUUGGUCAGCAGCACCAAGACUCCACCUUCUCACCUGCAUCCUGGCCUAUCAGUGGGUGGUGGAUGUGCACAGACCCCACCCCCUCCUCAGCAUGUGGGGCCUGCAGGAGUACCGGGGGGAUCGGGUGAGACUGGGCAGGACACUGAGAGUAAAGACCCUGAGAAGUACCUGAAGAAGCUCCACACGCAGGAGAGAGCAGUGGAGGAGGUGAAGCUGGCCAUCAAGCCCUACUACCAGCGCAAGGACAUCAACAAGGAGGAGUAUAAGGAUAUCCUGAGGAAAGCGGUACACAAGAUCUGCCACAGUCGCACUGGCGAGAUCAACCCUGUCAAAGUCAGCAACCUGGUGAAGCUUUACGUCCAGAGGUACAAGUACUUUCGGAAGCACGGGCGGAGGAUGGAUGAGAAAGAGAGGGAGGGAGAGAGAGAACCAGCAAUUCUGCAUUCUUCUACAUGACCAGUCCACAUGUGUUUUCUUCUCAGUGGAUUGGUCUGGCUGUUCAAAAAAACUUUUCCUUGGCUCCUCCCAGCUCCAUGGACCUGAGACUGUUCAGUGGGCUUUAUUUCCCUUUAUGCCCCCUCCUCUGAAAUGCCUUACCCUUUAAUCACCUGACAUGUUUUUGCCACUGUCAAUUUUGUUUUGUCUCUUACUUGUCUUGCUGUACAGAUGUAUUGAUAUAAAAACAAAGUACGAAGUAUACUCAUAAAAUGACACAAAGACACUUGUACAUACUGUAACAACACUACAUAAGUAGUGAGUCUCUCUGCGGGUGGUGUACAGGAUUUAACAUCCGUUGGGUGCUUGUUGCUAUAAA